AUGGCACAGCACGUUGGCUCUCUGGAGAAGAGCAGCUCCGAUCUUCACGUCGAAAUCUUUGACCAUGAGAAGCACAAGGACAUUGAGACAGUCGCUGAGCAGACUCCACCUGACUUCGACCAAGAUGAGGUCAAACGUAUCCUCCGCAAGAUCGACCUGAGACUCCUCCCAGUCUUGACCGCUCUGUACCUGAUGUCGUUCUUGGAUCGUUCGAACAUCGGCAACGCCAACGUAGCAGGCCUUUCCCAAGACCUCGGCCUCUCCUCGAAACAAUACAACCUCUGCCUCACCAUCUUCUUCUUCCCCUACUCCCUCUUCGAAGUCCCCUCCAACAUCGUCCUCAAAUGGCUUCGCCCCACUGUCUGGCUACCUAUAAUCGUGCUCUGCUGGGGCACGGUCAUGACGCUCAUGGGAAUCGUGCAAGGCUACGGUGGGCUUCUCGCAGCCAGAUUCUUUCUGGGUGUGGCCGAGGCUGGGCUUUUCCCUGCAGCCUCUUACAUCCUCACCACCUGGUACUGUCGCCAUGAGAUGCAGACCCGGCUGGCGAUCUUCUACUGUGCCGCGACCAUGGCAGGAGCCUUCUCGGGACCCCUAGCGUUCGGCAUCGAGAAGAUGGACGGAAUCGCAGGUCUUGAAGGCUGGAGAUGGAUCUUCAUCCUCGAAGGCCUCCUCACCGUCCUCCUCGCCCUCAUCCUCCCCUUCGUCCUCCACGACCACCCCUCCCAAGCCCGCUUCCUCACCCCCACCGAACGCACCUCCCACCUCCACCGCCUGGCAAUCGACUACAGCAACGGCGCCAAGGACCAAACAACAUUCAAAUGGAAAUACCUCCUGCAAGCUCUCACCGACUGGAAAAUCCACCUCUCCGUCCUCGUCUUCUGGGGCAACACCAUCACCGGCUACGGCUUCAUCUUCAGCCUGCCGACCGCGAUCAAAGACCUCGGGUACUCGCAGGCGAACGCCCAACUCCUCACGAUUCCCGUCUACGGCGUCGCGCUGGUCUUCGUGCUCAUCACGGCGUUCUUUGCCGACCGCACGAAGCGUCGGGCGCCGUUUAUCGUCUACCCUUACAUGGUCUGCGCGGUGGGGUUCGUGGCCAUGAUGGCGUUGCCGAAGGAUAAGUGGCCUGGGGCGCGGUACGGGAUGCUCUUCGUGAUUGCGUCCGGGCUGUAUCCGCCUCUCUGUGGUGUGAUUGCGUGGAAUGCGAAUAACUUGGCGGGGUCGUGGAAGCGGGCUAUUGGGGUUGCGUUGCAGAUUACGAUUGGGAAUUUGGGCGGGGCGGUUGGGUCGAAUAUUUACUUGAAGUUGGAGGCGCCGCAUUACUGGACGGGGUAUGCGGUUUCGCUCGCUGUGUUGGUGCUGGCGAUUGCGGCGGGGUUUGCGUUGAGGUUUGGGCUGGAGAGGGUUAAUAAGAAGCGGGAGGCGAUGACGGAGGAAGAGAUCAGGGCGAUGUAUACGCCUGAGCAGCUGCAAGACAUGGGUGAUCGAAGUCCUCUGUACAGAUAUACUCUGUGA